UUGGGAAUAUGAAACCAAACUAACACACAGCAUUCUUAAUUUCCAAGAUAUCAUUAAAAACACACACAUUUUGGAAUUUUUGUUUGACCUGUCAUGAUUAGCCUGUUCCUGGACUGAGACAGAACCUUGGUGACAUUCCGGUUGUUUUUCUUCAAGUUUCUUGCAAGAUUCCAACCAGAAGUCCAUUUCAUGCUACAUUCAAGCUCUAUUCACCUAGCUAGCCAUUUUACAAGUCACAUUUGCUUCGGGGGUUUGAAAUCUAAUACAACAAAUAGUUUUGUCUUAAAGCGGGAAUUUUCACAUUCCGAGUUAUGGAUAUCCUCGUCUCAAGCCGCUGUAACCUUCAAUCCUUGUCUGAGAAGUAUAUUUUCCCAGAAGAAAUCCGACCUGGGAAGUUAGCUAUUGCCCUAUGCGAGUCCAUUCCAGUAAUAGAUCUCGGUGAUAUAGCAAGUCAAAACCGAGCCAAUAUUGCUCAGGAAAUUUUCAAGGCAAGCCAGGAGUUCGGUUUUUUCCAGGUGAUCAACCAUGGAGUUUCUAAGGCAUUGAUGAAUGAUACAAUGACUGUCUUCAAUGAAGUCUUUGAGAUGCCUGCAGAGGAUCUGGCGGGCAUCUAUUCUGAAGACCCAGAUAGAAGCUGCAGACUUUUCACAAGUAGUAACUCUUAUGCAAAUGAAGAUGUUCACAACUGGCGUGACUUUCUGAGACACCCUUGUCAUCCUGAUCUAGAUGCAUGCAUUCAGCAAUGGCCCGAGAAGCCAACCAGAUAUCGACAGGUUGUUGGGAAUUACUCGACUGAAGUG